UUCCAUGAUUCCAAAUAUCUCCACAAUUUGACACAUACUACCACACCUCCAAAACACCACACAAAAAAUCCCCAAAGAAGUCCACAUUCCCAUGCCUCCACCUCCAAAACUCCCAAAAUUUGCACAACGUUUAAGGGUGUGUUUGGUUAGUCACCGAUUGAAAUGAAAUGCAUUCCCAUUUCGUUGGCUCACUCUCCUUCUCUCUAUCAUCGAACCUCUCUUUCUCUCUCCUCUUUCACCCCUCUUCGCCGCUCUCUUCAAAAGCUCCAAAUUAGAAAUCUUUCAUUGAUGGAUUCACAACAGAGUUCUUCUGUUGAACAGAUGACUGAAGAUUUGAAGAAUCAGAAACUUACCCAUCAAAGUAAUCGUACCAAAUUGAAGCUUGAAGAACUUAAUUGGGAUCAUUCGUUUGUUCGAGAAUUGCCCGGUGAUUCUAGGGUUGAUAAUAACCCUCGUCAGGUUUUACAUGCUUGCUAUACAAAAGUUUCACCCUCGGUAGAGGUGGAUAACCCACAACUUGUUGCAUGGUCUGAAUCAGUUGCUGAAUCUCUUGAAUUAGAUCCUGCAGAGUUUGAGCGACCUGAUUUUCCGCUUAUAUUUACUGGGGCGUCCCCAUUCUUUGGAUCGUUGCCAUAUGCUCAAUGUUAUGGAGGCCAUCAGUUUGGCACGUGGGCUGGUCAGUUGGGUGAUGGUCGGGCAAUCAUGUUGGGAGAGAUUGUGAAUUCAAAGAAAGAAAGGUGGGAAUUACAACUGAAAGGCGCUGGCAAGACCCCAUACAGCAGAUUUGCAGAUGGGCUGGCUGUUCUCCGCAGUAGCAUUCGGGAAUUCCUUUGCAGUGAAGCAAUGCAUAGUCUUGGAAUCCCCACAACACGUGCCCUUUGUCUUGUAACCACUGGGAAAUUUGUCGUCCGAGACAUGUUUUAUGAUGGUAAUCCCAAGGAAGAACCUGGUGCAAUCGUGUGUAGAGUUGCUCCUUCCUUUUUGCGAUUCGGUUCAUACCAGAUACAUGCCUCAAGAGGGAAAGAGGAUCUUGAUAUUGUUCGGCUUCUUGCAGAUUAUGCCAUUAAACAUCACUUUCCCCACAUUGAUAAUAUGAAUAAGAGUGAAAGUUUAUCUUUCAACACAGGAUUUGAUGACCAGUCUGUUGUGGAUCUCAGCUCUAAUAAAUAUGCAGCUUGGGCAGUUGAAGUUGCGGAGCGUACUGCUUCAUUGGUUGCUGGCUGGCAGGGGGUCGGUUUCACUCAUGGUGUGCUGAACACUGACAAUAUGAGUAUCUUGGGACUAUGA